AUAGGCACUUUUGAUGAAAGAAACAAGGACCAUUGGUACACACAAGCUCAAUGGACUCUCAAAUCUAAGGUCCAGGCGCCUCUAAACAGGAAUGUGGCCAAGAACGUCAUCCUCUUCCUCGGAGACGGCAUGAGCAUCACAACCCUGGCUGCGACCAGGGUAUACCUUGGACAGAAGUAUGGCCAUCUUGGGGAGGAGCUUAGACUUAGCUUCGAAGCAUUCCCUUACACUGGUUUAUCAAAGCCGUACUGCGUAGACAAUAACGUAGCGGAUUCAGCGUGCAGUGGAACGGCGUACUUCACGGGAGUGAAGGCCAAUAGUGGGACUGUGGGCCUCAGCGCUGGGGCCAAGAGGGGGGACUGCAAGGCCCAGAGAGACGGGUUUUACUCUGUCACUGGCCUGAUGGACUGGGCCCAGAGAGUGGGGAAACGAACUGGUGUGGUCACCACAACAAGAGUGACGCACGCGACUCCGGCGGCGGCGUACGCGCAUGCGGCCGACCGGCUGUGGGAAGCUGACAGCGACCUGCCCAGCCAUGGGCUACACUGUGAUGAUAUCGCCACGCAGCUGGUCCAGGGUCGAGUGGGCAGCAGAAUUAAUGUAAUCUUCGGAGGUGGAAGGAGGAACUUCAUCCCCAAAGGGGAGAAAGACAUGGAAGGGUACGUGGGACGGAGGUCUGAUGAUAAAAACCUCAUCAGGGAGUGGCUGAUGAGGAAGGCAGCCUCGGGAACUCCAGCCAAGUUCAUUUAUAACAGGUACGAACUACUACACCUGGACACUUCCAGUCGUAGUGACGUCCUUGGACUAUUCUCCCCGGACCACAUGCCUUACCACCUGGACGCAGAGGCCAGUGACCCCACGUUGAGUGAAAUGACCCAAACAGCCAUCAAACUGCUGGCCAAUAAUAAGGAAGGCUUCUUCUUGUUUGUCGAAGGUGGAAGAAUAGACACAGCUCAUCACGAGACGAAAGCGCGAAAAGCCUUAGAUGAGACGGCGGAAUUUGCGAAGGCAGUGGAGGCAGCCUUAAGGCUGGUGAACCCUGAGGAGACUUUAAUAGUUGUGACGUCAGACCAUAGUCAUACUAUGUCAUACAGCGGGUACAGCAAGAGGGGCACAGAUAUACUUGGAUUUACAAAUAAAAUGAACGCGUCUGACAGUCUACCAUACACUACCCUGAGCUACGCGAACGGCCCCGGGUACAGACCACACGAGUACUUCAAGCGGCAAGACCUAUAUUUAGAAGACCUGAAGAAUCCAAACUUUACGUACCCAGCCUUGGUGCCCAUUGGUCGGGAGACGCAUGGAGGGGAGGAUGUCGCUGUCUUCGCCAAGGGACCCUGGGCUCACCUGUUCACGGGGAAUUACGAACAGAACUACAUACCCCACGCCAUCGCAUACGCAGCUUGUAUAGGACAAGGGCUGACUAGUUGUAAGAUUUCAUAG